ACGGCCCAUGAUUUGCUUGAUGCCAGAGUUCCCCAUGCUCGACACAUGCAAAUUCCUGGGGAACAUCUCGGCUGUUCCCCAUCGGUUCCCCCGCAUUCCAUCCCCCCCCCCGCAAAAAUGCCCAAUGAGAUCGAUCGACAAAGCCACAUCUUAUAGUAUGAAAGAUGAAGUGCAGAAAUACUCCCCUGGGAAUCACCCUUCUAGGAAAUUUUCACCCGCAAAUCUCAAUCUGAGGGGGGAGAAUCUUCCACGUCGUCUGGAGUUUAGUGAUUCUAGAGGUCAUGCUGGUCAGGCACAUGUCAGCACGUGUCAGGGAUGGUCUUGUUUUUUUCUUUUUCCUUGGAAAAGGAGAAAAAAGCAUAUAACCUGAUAGAUGUAGCUCAAGUCCAUUAUGUCUACUGUCAGCUGUUCUGUGUAAAUCUUCACAAAGUCGAUUCCAUACCUCUACACUCACACAAUGCAUAUUCUGGGCUGGACUUCGUUUUUGGCUCUGGGCGCCAUAUCCAUGGCGAGCACCGUAACGUCGAACACGAUUGUCCAGCGGGAAACAGCCCUGAAUGAGUUUCUGGCCAUCCUGCUCGAAUAUCUCCCAGACAUCGAUGGUGAUAUCACGGACGUAACCGACACGAUCGCUGAUUUCGAAGAGCUCCUGGCGGACUUGCUGGAUAUCACGACGACGUACAAUGAACUCGGCCAGACGUGCACUGAUUACACCAUUAUUUUCGCGCGUGGGACUUCUGAGCCUGGAAAUGUCGGCGUACUUGUUGGUCCUCCAUUGUUCAUCGCUUUGGAGGAUCUCAUCGGUUCAUCUGCGCUCACCAUUCAAGGCGUGAACGACUAUGCAGCAAGCGUGGAAGGGUAUCUGGAGGGUGGCAGCGCUGUUGCCAGUGCAGAAAUGGCAUCACAAAUUGAGAGUGCCGUUUCCGACUGCCCAGACACCAAGUUGAUCGUGUCUGGGUACUCGCAGGGAUGUCAGGUUGUGCACAACGCAAUCAACUCGCUUUCUGCCACGACUGCAGCGUAUAUUAGCAGCGUCCUGCUGUUUGGCGACCCAGAUGACGGACAAGCCUUGUCAAAUGUUGCUUCUUCCAAGGUCGAUACCUUCUGCCAUGUCGACGAUGAUAUCUGUGACGAUGGCGUCCUUAUCCUCCCAGCGCAUUUGACCUAUGCAGAGAACGUGGCGGCUGCAGCUGCGUUUGCUGUUGCCGCUGCUAAGAGAUAGAAUUGGUUAGGUAUGGAGACGAGAGGAUAGGAGAGGAGAGAAGAAGGAGAGAGAAAGGAGGAGAGAGAGAGAGAAGAGGAGAGAGAAUAGAGGAGAGAGAGAAGAGGUGGGAGCGUGACUUGCCCAUCAU